GCGGGCGCAGAGGCAGCGUCAGUCUCGGCCGUCUCGCUAUCGCGUUUUUCCGCUAGCUGUCCCGACGCGUCGUCUGUUUCCCCGUCAGUGGAUCAUUUGCGUCCGAUCUGUUUUCACUCAGUUCAUUCGCACGCCGCACCGUAUUUGUGUGUUUUUGUGCGCGCGCGCCCUCGUCUGCUUUAAAGUUUUAAAUCGGAUAAAUAUACACAUAUUUCCACCGCAAGCCGUCGUCCGAGUUUGGUGCGCGCGCCUGCUGGUCGUUGGUUCGUUUUGCGCGCGCGCGUACUCGCGUUAAAAUCGUGUACUAUCUAUAAUUUUAUAGUUAUUAUUAUUACUAUUAUUUUAUAUCGCUCGAAGAGUGUGUGUGCGCGAGUGCGUUUAUCCAGUGCACUUUGACAAAAUUCACUUUUUUCGUUUCCCUCCCCUCUCCCCGCUCCGUGUUGCCGCGUUGUAGCGGUUCGAUCGCGCCUCUGUGGCGAAUAUACGAUGCGGUCGGUCGAUCGGUGCGGCCUACAGUCGUGGUAAAUCCCUCGGAAAAUCCCAACUUCCACCCGAUCUUUGGGGACGUGGAAAGAGUCUGCCGCAAUAGUAUACUGUUGCAGUAUUGCUUCCCGUCCGCUACACUCGGGCCACUUAUCGAUCGCGCGUCGGUGAUGCCGCCGCCGAACUGCGGUAUCCGUCCGGGUGUAACCGCUGUAACUGUUACGGUUGUGCGUGGAGUGAGAACAGCAGUCGCGGUCGCGGCCGCAGAUUAAGCUUGCCGAGCGAUGCCGGCCAGUGGCCGCGGACCGGACCUGACGGCCGCCGCGGCAGCAGCAGCAACAGCCGUCGCGGUCAAGAAGACUUCGCUGGAGAGCGGCGACGAUUCGGAAGAGGAAAGCGAAAUCCUGGAGGAGAGCCCUUGCGGACGGUGGCUGAAAAGACGUGAAGUGGUGGAGCAACGAGAUGUUCCCGGAAUCGACUGCGCGUACUUGGCCAUGGACACUGAAGAGGGCGUGGAGGUGGUGUGGAACGAGGUGCAGUUUUCGGAGCGCAAAAACUACAAGGCCCAAGAAGACAAGAUCCGGCAAGUGUUUGAAAGCCUCACUCAACUCCAGCAUCCCAACAUCGUGAACUUCCAUCGGUAUUGGACGGACACGCACAACGACAAACCACGCGUCAUAUUCAUCACAGAAUACAUGUCUUCUGGCUCGUUGAAACAGUUCCUAAAACGUACCAAACGCAACGUGAAGAAGAUUUCACUGACCGCGUGGAAACGAUGGUGCACGCAAAUCCUAUCUGCCCUAAGUUACUUGCAUUCAUGUUCACCGCCCAUCAUCCAUGGGAAUCUGACCUGUGACACGAUAUUUAUCCAACACAAUGGACUCGUGAAAAUAGGAUCAGUUGCUCCGGACACCAUUCACGUCCACAUCAAGACUUGCCGGGAAAACAUGAAAAAUAUGCAUUUUAUUGCCCCUGAAUGCGGAAAUUUCGUGACACCCGCCAUCGACAUUUACGCGUUUGGCAUGUGUGCAUUAGAAAUGGCCACGCUGGAGAUACAGGGCAACGGCGACAGUGGCACGCUGGUCACACAGGACCACAUCAAUCGCACUAUCGAGUCGCUAGACGAUCCACUGCAAAAGGAUCUUAUCUACCAGUGUCUAACGGCCGAUUUUGAGAAACGUCCGUCGGCGCGGACGUUACUCUUCCACCCCGUACUGUUUGAGGUGCACGCGUUGAAAUUACUUGCGGCGCACGCUCUGGUCAAGACUGAACAUUUUGCCGACAGACUGUCUGAUGAGGUAUACCCUCAAGAAAAAAUAAUCGCUGAAAUUUUGCACGCCGACGAGACUCGAUCGGUCCAGUUCAAAAUGUCCGAUGUCCCAGAGAGCAAUAAGCUCGAAAAGUUCGUCGAGGAUGUCAAGUUUGGCAUUUACCCGUUGACUGCUUACGCCUUAGAAGCGGGACCUGUGCGGCUUACUACAUACCAACCCCAGAGUCCGACAGGUUCUAUGGACCAAUCCAUCCCGUCGGAUAGGAGCAGCACUGGCCCGAUUGACAUCGAAGUCAGACGGAUCGUCAAUACGAUGUGCAAUAUCAAACCACGAGACGAUGCUCAAAAUGACUUUAUGAUGACAAUUCUACUGCGGAUGGACGAUAAAAUGAAUCGUCAACUAACGUGUUCCAUAACAGAAGCGGACACUGCGUUGUCUCUCUCCCAAGAGUUAGUGCACUUCGGCUUCAUCAAUGAGUCGGACAAAGACAAGAUAUACGUUAUCAUCGAAGAGACACUGUCCGAGGGUCCUCAUUACAAGGAAGAUGACGAUCAAUCGUCAAUACCCACGGACGUCGAAUCAUCACCACCGUUGCAGAAACGAUCGUCAGCAGCUGCCACCCCGUCGUCGUCGUCCAGGCCCAGCGUCAUACGGUCGCCGGUAAAACGCGAUGGCAGUUAAUGAUAGCUACGUGGCCAACGCGAGUUGGUCACUCGGUUUUUGCCAACCCGUCGCCCGUCGACGAGGACCUUGCGGCAACAGAACGCGUACCGUUUAUAUUCGCUUCUUCCAAGUUUUAAAAGUAUAAAAAACACAUUACAGUACGUCAUCGUUACGAUAACGUCGACCAUAUUUCCUUCUACCGGUCAUCCGCGUCAAUUCAAAUCAAACAAACCGUGCGAAAAACAAAAGCGAAUUCAAUAAAAACGACCACCUCCCCUUGCAUACUAUACGUCAUACUCGUCAAGUUCUAAACACCCACAAACACACACACACUCAUAUUAUAUAUGUAUAAUGUGUAUAAAUAUAAGUUAACAUUUAUAUAUAUACAUAUAUACAUUAUGAUAGAACAUAAACGUAGACUUGAGUCACUAUGUUAUCCGUGUAUGUAUGUACGAGAGUAUAUUAUAUAUUCAAUUACGAUAAGUUUAAUAUUUUUUACUGAAUAUUAAUAAUAUAAUAAUAAUAAUAAUAGUAAAGAUAACGAUAAUAAUAAAAUAAUGUUUAAUUAGAAUAUGGUAAAAGACACCUAAAUUAUUUGUUUUAUAUAAUAAAUAUUAUAUUAUACUCAAUAUUAUAUUCAAUUAUUCAAUAUCCGUCGUACAAUUUUUAUUGUUAAUCACAUCAUAUUCAUUCCAACUAAAAAAUAAUAAUAAUAAUAAUAAAGAUUUUUAAAAAAUCGCUCAAUGUAAUUUUUAUAUAAUUAUUUUACUUUAUUUAUUUAUUUAUUUUUUUUUUUUAAGUAUUAUUAUUGAUGCUUUUAUUCAACGUGCUCUAUUUAUUAUUAUUGUUCACAUUCAUCAUUUAAACAUAUUAUUAUGUUUUAUUAUUAUCUUUUCUCAAACUUGUCGUUCAGUUACCUGUCUUUUUCGGCUAAUUAUUUAUUAUAUUAUAUUAUGUAUGGUCUCAAAAGUCGUAUGACCUUCCGCUAUUUACACUGUGUACAUGUAGAACUAUUUUAACACGUUUACUAUGUACCAAUUUAUGUCAUUCGCCUAACAAAUGUACGGUGUGUUGCGUUCAAAAUGUGAUAUGUUUUUAAUUAAAAAAAAAAGAAGAGAAAAUAUAUUAGAUUUAGGCUUUAUUAUAUUUUACGUAUGAUUUUUGAAUAUUAUGAUGAAUAUUACGUGUAAAUUAUUAAUGAUGAAUUAAAAACUGUGAUACUUACUACUAAAUAA